UCCCACGAGGUUUAUUCUUGGACUUUUGCUUUUAAUAAUUUAUGUAAAUGAUUUGCACAAUGCAAUGCCAUGUAAGUCCAUAUUGUAAGCAGAUGACACCAUCUUUGUUACAGUCCAUGGAGCCUAGGACACAGAUGAGCACAAAGGUGCAGAACAACUCAGAAUAUUCAGUAUACAGUUUACAAUAAAUAAGUUACAAAUUAACCACUCUAAAACUGUAAAUAUUCUUUUAAUAAUGACAACUGUAGUGUCUCAGUUAAGCACUUUGACAUUCAUCUUCAUCCAAAAUUUAGCUUGGGAAACUCACACUAUGUGUACACAAAGUUAGCCUUACUGAUAAGUAGGCUUGGGACUUGCGUAACUGACAAGCUACUGCUGGACUGUUGUUAUGCUUUUUUUUUUUAACAGUCACUCCAUGUGUGCACUGGUGCUAUGGGGGAAUGCCUCUGGAGUGAAAAGAAUUUUUAUGUGGCACAAAAAGGCCAUUAGAUGCAUUCCUGGAGUAAGAAAAAACCUAUCAUGUAUGGAACACAUUAAGGAGCUCAAAAUACUGACGAUUGCAUCUCAGUUUAUUCUCAGCUGCUUGGUGCAUAUCAAGGAAAACCAAGAAAGCCAUGAAUUGCAAAGGUCUAUACAUAAGUAUGACACACGUCAAAGGCAGAUUAUUGACAUCACAAAUAUUAGCCUUGAAAAACCUGAAAGUUAUGUAUGCAUAAGGAUACACUUAUUUAAUAUGUUACCAACAACAGCACAUGGUGUAUCACUGAAUGUUUUCAGAAACGUUCUACACAGUAGAAUAACUUACAAUUUGCAAUAAAAAUGAUCUAAUCUUCUAAAAUUGCUGUAUUAUUUGAGCUUUUCAUAAAAUGCUUAUUGUGUCAUAUUGUUGUUUUAUUUUCAUAAUGCUUUCAUGCUUUAUGUUAACAUGUAACAAGCAUAUCUCAUAAAUAUUUGUUAAAAUGAUUUUCUCAGCAAGUGUAUUGUGUCAAAUAUACUGUUUCUCCUUUUUUUUCUGUAUGACACAUUUAUAUUUAAUAAUUAUCAUAUGUGUCUAGUAUAAACCAUAAUUACAUAUUCUUUUAAAAUAUCUACAAUGUAUGACUUAUUAUGCAACUAUACAAAUGUAUGUAACAAGACAUCAAUUACAUGGAAAAUACUUAAAGAUGAAUCAAUCAACUUAAUCCUAUGAGUUAGUUCCAGUAGCUGGAGAGCACAGGUAAAUUACCAGGACAGGUAUGACUCAUAAAGUGAAGGUAAACUUCUCUAGGCCAAUUGUUAUUCUGAUGCUAUCCUACCAUGGUGGACGCAGGAUAUUUAUUAAUGACGAAUGGAGUUGAUUCAUCUUUCCAAUUCAUGCACAGCGGUGUUGAUUCAACCAACCGCCUGUUGCUCCCGCGAAUAUUUCUGGGGCCGUGUUGUGUGGGUUACUGGUGCAAAAACAAGGUCGACAGGUAUACUGAAUACACACAAAGACUCAAAUGUGAUAUGGACAUUCAAAUUGCUACUGUACGUCAACAAUGUUGAAACAGCUAGUGUCAAGGUUCCUACAACUUAAGUGCAACUCAGAUGUGACAAUGAACAGGGAUGAUGAAAUCUGUUGGUACCAUGGAAAGAUAUCUAGGGAAGCAGCUGAACAGCUUCUGCUCCAAGAAGAUGAAGUGGAAGAUGGCUACUUUUUGGUCCGUGAAAGCAACACAGCUGCAGGGGAUUAUGUGCUGUCAGUUCAGUAUCAAGGACAAAUAAUUCAUUAUCAGAUAAGAAGACACAAUGAAGAUGCCUUUUUUUCCAUAGACGAACACACCAUAAUCCAUGGGCUUGAAACUCUCAUAGAGCAUUAUCAAGAAGCUUCACAUGGAUUACUGUGUAAGCUUACAAAAGUGUGUAAGAAGGAUCCACCACCUCAUGAUUCAAGGCGACAUGGAAGGAUGAAUCUUCUUCAUCGAGCCACAAAAGAAGGGAACUAUACAGUUGUAUCUGAACUUCUAAAAUGCGGCUAUCGCAGCCUAGAAGCCAAAAAUCAGGAUGGACAGACUGCUGUUCACCUGGCGAGCCGUAUGGGAAAAGAUGAAAUUCUCAAAAAACUCAUUGAGAGUGGUGCUAACAUAAAUUGUAGGGAUACUGCUGGAUACACUCCAUUGCAUUAUGCAUGUCAGAGCAACCUCCCAAAUACUGUUCGGAUCCUUGUACAGAUUGGUUAUGCAAAUGUACAGGUUCGGAAUACGGAAACAGGCUGGGUUCCUCUCCAUGAAGCAGCAAGCCGUGGUCACAAGGAAGUGGUUCAAGUCUUGCUUUCCCUUAAUGCACCUCUCAGACCGAGAACCUUAGCAAAUGACACUCCUGCUGAUCUAGCUAGAAGGAACAAUCAUAUUGAAUGUGCAAAGAUAUUGUUGAACUAUAAGUGUCCUUUGCCUAAGACACAAAAGAAAGAGUGGUACCAUGGCACAUUAGAUCGAAGUGAAGCAGUUGCUCUUUUGAAAGAGUAUGGUAACAAGGAUGGCACUUUCCUGGUACGAUACAGUGAUCGUAAUGGUGGAAUGUACGUUCUGACUACAGUUCAUGCUGGACAUCCAUAUCACUUUCAGAUUCAGAUAAAGGGAUCUUAUUGUUUCAUUGAUGAUGGCCCAUAUUUGGACUCUCUGGAACAUGUAAUAGAGCACUACAGCACUAUGUCAGAUGGUCUACCUACAACACUGCAGAUUCCUGUUCCUCCAAAACCAAAACCGCCAGUACCUGAAAUGCCAGCAAAUUUUUUGGCACUGAAUGGGUCUGCCACUAUGCCAUGCCGGAAACUGUUGAAGAGGUCUCCAAACAGGAGUCACAAAGUAUCACCAGUGUCAAGUGCUGCAGCAUCACCUGUAAACAGUAGGCGCGGCUCUCUCAAUUCUGUGCUGCCCAGUUGCAAUGACAUACAGUCUCCUUCAAUUGAAACAAACCAUUGUCUUGAUUUGUUACACUUAAGAUCAAUGAAAGGGCCCGAGCCGCGGCAGCAAGAGCUAAUAUCCAGAGAAUCUUUAAAACUGGGUGAAGUUCUUGGUGAAGGGGAAUUUGGUGCAGUCUACCAAGGAACGUACAUGCACCCAGAUGGAACUGUGGAAAAAGUUGCUAUCAAGACUUUACAUCAGGAGCAUGUGGAAAAAAAUCGUGAUGAAUUUUUGCGUGAAGCGAGAGUAAUGAUGAAUCUAAACCAUCAUUGUGUUGUAAGACUUAUAGGAGUCUCCAUGGGGCCACCACUUCUGAUGGUUCAGGAAUUAGUUAAGUUACGUUCAAUGUUAGAAUUUUUGCGGAAUUUCCCUGAGAAAGUUAAUCCAAAUUAUGAGCUUAAAUUAUGGGCUUCCCAAAUUGCUUGUGGUAUGAAAUACCUGGAGGAACAACGAUUUGUCCAUAGAGAUUUAGCAGCAAGAAAUAUCCUUCUUGCUUCAAGACAUCAAGCAAAAAUUAGUGAUUUUGGCCUAUCAAGAGCUUUGGGAGGAGAUCAUGAAUAUUACACAGCAACGCAGGGAGGUAAAUGGCCAAUUAAAUGGUAUGCACCAGAAUCAUGCAAAUACGCAACGUUUUCACACGCUAGUGAUGUGUGGAGCUUUGGGGUGACCUUAUGGGAGAUGUUCUCCUUUGGAAUGCAGCCAUAUGGUGAAUUAAAAGGUACUGAGGUAAUAGAAUUGAUAGAAAGAGGAGAACGUCUUAGCCAGACACCGCAGUGUCCAGAUGAGGUCUACAAAAUCAUGAAACGGUGCUGGGAGUAUUCUCCCAAGGAUAGACCCACAUUUAAUGAACUGCUAGAAAUAUUUUCCUCUGAUCCUGAAUAUAUAAAUAUCAAAGAACUUGUAAUGGAAGCAACAAUUGUGUGAAUACUUUAAAGUAAACACAUUAGUGCCAUUUGAGAUUCUUGCUGAUUUUGUAGAAACAUUUUGUAGUUUCUACAUAAUAUGGCAGAAGUGUCAUUAUUGAAAGGUAUUAUUUUUUUAAUUGUAUUUAUAUGUCUAUGAUUGCAGUAUAAGAAUGUCAGCUGGGAGAGGAAGACAAAAGUUAACUGUAGGACUUGUAAUUUAUGAUGUACUGAAACAUAGACUCUCAUAUAAUAUAGAAGUACCAUGGACUUCAAUGUGUUAAGUUCAGUAAUAUUGCUUCUGGCAGUAUACAUCAGACCACUCGAAAUGUUUUAUGGAACAAUGUCAUAAUUUGUCUUCUCAUAUACUCCCAGUAAUUGAAACUAUUGCAUCAUUCACUGAAGAGCAUUUCUGUGAUAAAGUUUCUUAGCUUUAAUAAUGGUACAAUUUUAAAAUUGUACAUAUUGUAAAAUGUUAUUUACAUUUUAGAUAUACAGAAUAUUUUGGUAUUGUUGCUGCAGAGUCAGAAAUUUAUCCAUUUAUAUUUACAUAAUCCGUAAAAAAUACAAAGAUAAGUAAUCAUUAUUGCAUUCCUGAACUGUGUGUGUGUGUGUGUGUGUGUGUGUGUGUGUGUGUGUGUGUGUUUGUAAAAGAGGGUGAACUCCAUGAAUCAUAAACUGAUGUGUCUUUCCAUAUGCCACCUUUUUAGUGUUCUAUCUUUUCCCUGAUUACUUUCACUGCUGAAAAAACAAAACCAAAAACAAAAGAAAAAUUUUUUCUUGCUCUGAUAAAUUGUUAUUCAAGCUUUUCCCUUAGAUUUUUCUAUUCAGUUUUAUCUUUUUCUCGUAAUGUGUGAAAUUAUCAGAGGCCAGUAAGCCAUUAUAGUUUUACUUUUUAUGUGCUGAACUAUGUUUCAAUGAUGUACAGGUAAUGCAUGUUAUAGUGUCAGAGUGAGUCGUACAUCCUGAACCUCAAGGCUGUAAAUCAGCCACUUUUUUCACAUCUUUUCUCUGAAGUCUGCUGCUGUAUAUUUUGAAGAACGAGAGAGAGAGAGAGAGAGAGAGAGAGAGAGAGAGAGAGAGAGAGAGAGAGAGAGAGUGGCAUUAGUAGAUAAAAGUUUUGAUCUGGGCAUUGAGGUGUACUUGGAUGACUCAGGCAGAUUUUAAUCUGCUAUGGCUUUUAAUUAAUUUUUAUUGGAUUAUGAUAUAUCUUGUGUACUGUGAAAAAAAUCACAUUGCCAUAUUGUGCACGAUCAGUAAUAAAAAUGAUUGCAUUCCCACCAACUAUACAUACUACUGUGUUUUUCUGCCUAGUGGUGGAAAAAAUAUCUUCCGUUAAAACAUUGUAUUGUGCCAAUAUGUUUGUCUUUUUAUGACUGAAUGAGUGGAGGUGUAACAUUUUCUUAAGUUGUAGCUUGAUUCUUCUCUUUUGUUUUUUCAUUUAGAGAUUUCAUUGGGAGUACCACCUUGUUACUAACAUUGUUAAUUAUCUGUUGGAAGCAAGAGAUAAAUUUUAACAUGUAAUUGAUAGCUUAUGAUGGUUUGUCUCACCUGCAAGAGUCCGUUUGUUUUUAAAUUUUUCCUUUGCCAAAAGUUGCAGUAUAUGAGCCAUUAAGAUGAGUAUUGUUAAUGCAGUGCAAGUAUUGCAGUAAUAAUUUAUGUGAUUUUUGUAUUGUUUUCAGUUAAUGAACUGAAUCAUUAAAACUGCAUGUUAAUUCUUUGCAGUAGCAAAUAAUUGUCUUUUAUAAGUGUCAGUAGGAAUAUUUUUAUGCCCUUUAUAUUCAACAUGAAACAUCUAAAGAUGUUAGUUUUUGUUUUAAUUUUGACUACAUAAUAAAGGAACACAGUAAUAGUCAGAAAGUAUUCUAAUAAUGGUCUGAUUCUCCAACAGUUAUGUGCAACUAUAUUAUAACUGCAGAAUUCUCUGCAUAACCUUUGAAUGAAUUAUUACGAUGGUACAGGACAACGUUUCAAUAUUUGUGUAAUUCCUUAAAUCAGAUUUAUAGUGAGCAUCACUCGUACUGCAUCAAAUGAUAUGUAUCUGCAAUUUUAAUGGCUUGUGGACAGACCUGUACUUUGCAAAUGAACCAAAAUACAGGGUGGGCCUACAUGUUUUCUUUUUGACAACUAUAGGACUUGCAGAUUUGUGGCUUGUGAUAAUGAAAGAAUAAAGCACCAAGUUUUUAUUACGACAUCAUUAAACUUCAAGUGCUCUGUUUGUUGCUCAAAGAAUGUCUAAUUGAUAUUUAUUUCACAACAUACAGCAUUUGACAACAUUCCUUGUGUAACACCAGCAACAGCAUCUGUUAUCCUUCCACGUAAUGUAUCCAGUCUGGUACUUGUGUAGUGUAAACUUUGUCCUUUACAUAUCCCACAAAAAGAAAUCCAAAGGCAUUAUGUCUGGUGAUCUUGCACGCCAGUCAAUGGGACCACAUACCCAAUACACCUUACCAGGAAAUGUUUCAUUAAGAAAAUUUGCAACAUGUAGUCUCCAAUGAGGUGGCACAGCAUCGUGUUGGAACAUCACAUCAAGCUGUGAGUCUCUCAGUUCUGGUUCUGCAGGCUGUUCUAAAUAUCCAGAUGGAUGUUAGCUGUUAAUGAUUUUUUGACCAAAACAAAGAAAGGGCCAAUGACUGUUAUUGUUAUUGUUACUGUUGUGCAUUACCACAUCUCUAAUGUGAUCUAAGGCAAUGUAUGGACUUUCCAAACCCCAUAUCCUCAAAUUGUGCAUGUUAACUUUACCUGGUAUAUGGAAAGUAGCCUCAUCUGUAAAACAAAUUCGUUAAAGAUAAACUGACAGUAUGUCUGUCACAAAAACUGCUCGACAUGUUCCACCACUUGAUUGUAACCCAAGUCGUAUCUGGACCUUAUAUGCAUGCAAAUGCAACCUGUUGGGUAGAAUUCUUCACACUAUGGUCCUAGGAAACCCAAAUUCACAAGGUGUGUGUUGAAGUACAUUUGGAAGGUCUUUGUAAGAAUGCCUGUUGCCUAGCUCUGACACUUUGUUCACUAGCAAAAUGCUGCCCUGUUCGUGGAAGAUCCAACAUCUAACACACUGCCACUCUGUUUAAACUUCAUGCACCACACAACAAUACUCCUUAUAUCAGGCACUUUUCUUUUCGAGUGUCUUCAAAAUUUUUGCUGCGCAGUAAUUGGAAAUUUUGUCUCAUGAUACUAGAGAACACUGUGCUGCCGUCUCCUCGAGUGACGCAGUUUUACAUUAACAGCAUUAUAGUGCUCUCUACUCAGCUUCUACCUGCAACAGAGAUAUGCAAACAAACUUGAUGAUCUAUUCUUUCAUUUGUCACAAACCACAAAUUUGUAACUUCUAUAGUUUUUUUAAAUAAAUAUAAGACCCUUAAUAUAUAAAUAUAAGACUUCAGACCCACCCUUUUAUUCCACGUUCCAGAAAUUAAAAUUAACAAUUACAAUACAAGAUAUAAUUCCAGUGGUUUUUCGGGUGUUUUAAUAAUUGUGCAGCACUGCUCAGUGUUUUAUUACCGUGACCACUUUUCAAUUUGCAGUUUAGAUGAGUCAUCAGGAAAUGCAUUAUUUGUUUCUUGUACUAUUUUUUAUCAUUGUUGUAGAUUAUUUUAAAAAUCAUCUUUGCUAAAUGUGAACAGUAAUUUCAGUACUUUCAUGGCUUUUAUUUGAUAUUAUAAAUUAAUAUCUCAGAAAUAUUGUGAAAGCCAAUAGUUUGUUUAAAUAAUGUUGCAUUGUUAAUGUGUUUACUCAUUUUUUAAAUCCAGUUUCAUUGUUAUAUAUUCAUAAUUCCUGUGAUUGCACUCUGUCUCAAAUUUGAAUUUUUGACUUCUUGUAUACUGCAGUUAUUCGACAAAUGGCAAAUUGCAUUUGUUAUUGUUAAAAUAUUUGUGAAUGUUAUUAUUUAUGACAAUAUAGCUUCCGAUUUUAAGAUAAUUUUAAGUCAUUGAACAAAUUACUAUUGGAAGGAGUUUCACUACAACUAGUGAAAUUUUAUAUGAUUUAUUUGCAGGCCACAUUCCAACUGUAUUUAUGUGUGACCAUUCACUGUGAUGUCAUUGUAAUAAAUGGUUAAUAGUAAAUAAUGUUGUUUAUGGAAAAGCAAAUUUUGCAUGUAUUGUUUUUAAAAUAAAACUGAUGUCUCCAUUAAAAUUUUA